AUGAGGGUUCUGUGUGUGGCAGAGAAGCCUUCCAUAUCUAAAUCUAUCACACAAAUCCUGUCGGGCGGCCAAUUUACCACACGCAACACGGCCACGAACUACGUAAAAAACUAUGACUUUACCUAUAACUACACCCACUCCACAUUCACAGUCACUUGCGUCGCUGGGCACUUAAUGGAAUACGACUUCCACGACACUCAUCGGAAAUGGCAAUCGUGCGAUCCCAUUGCUCUUUUCGACGCACCCAUCGAGAGUAAAACGGCAAAGGACAAGACUGCUAUCGCGCAAAACAUUUCGAAUGAGGCGCGGAGAGCGGAUCAGCUCAUGAUAUGGACCGAUUGCGAUCGCGAAGGAGAAAAUAUUGGAUGGGAAAUUAUGGUAACUGCUCAGAAGACGAACCGUAAUAUCAUCGUCAAGCGAGCGAGGUUUAGUGCAAUCAUCGCACAACAGAUCCAUAAUGCCGCCCAACAUCCCAUCGAACUUGACCUUCUACAAGCGCAGGCAGUCACUGCUCGCAUAAACCUCGACUUGCGGAUAGGUGCAGCUUUCACUCGUAUGCAGACCAUGGCUCUUCGUGACCGACUGGAGAAACUUAAAGAAGCCGGCGUCAUUUCCUACGGACCCUGUCAGUUUCCAACACUUGGUUUCGUUGUCUCGCGCUACAAUCAAGUGCAAUCAUUUGUUCCUGAGGCAUUCUGGUACAUUUACCUGUCGAUCGAGCCUAACGCUGGCUCAUCCAAGAUCAAUGAGGAAGUCCAGUUCACGUGGAGGAGAGGGCACUUGUUUGAGUUCGAAGUCGCUCUGGUCAUCUACGAGGUAGUACUCGCCUCUCCACGGGCCAGAGUCACAAAGGUUACCAAGAAAAAUACGAAGAAAUGGAAGCCGUUACCCCUCACGACGGUCGAGCUCCAGAAGGCUGGCUCCCGUCUUUUGAAACUCGCCCCCAAGAAGAUUCUUGAUAUUGCUGAGAAACUCUACCAACAAGGAUUUUUAUCGUACCCUCGCACAGAAACCGACCAGUACGACCCACAGUUCGAUUUCAUGUCUCUCAUCGAAAAGCAGAACGUCGACCCAGAAUGGGGUCAAUUCGCGCAUAUGCUUCAGACUCAGGAUGGCUUCAAUGCACCCAGGAAGGGCAAGAACAAUGACCACGCGCAUCCUCCGAUUCACCCGACAGCACACGCAGCAAAUCUUGGCGGAGAUGAUAAGCGAGUUUACGAAUUUAUCGUUCGACGAUUUCUGGCGUGUUGUUCGAAGGAUGCAUUGGGCUUUCAGACGACGGUCGAUGUGCUCUGUGGGGGCGAAGAAUUCUAUGCUACGGGCUUGAUUAUCCUCGAGCGGAAUUUCUUGAACGUGUAUCCCUAUGAGAAGUGGAGCGGGAAGGAACUACCCGACUUUGAGGAAGGAGACGAGUUCAUGCCCUCCGUUUGUGAGCUUCGAGAGGGUGUCACUUCUCCGCCGAACCUUCUUACCGAGGCUGAUCUCGUCGGAUUGAUGGACAAGAAUGGAAUCGGUACCGACGCGACAAUUGCGCAACAUAUCGAGACUAUCAUUGAACGCGGCUACGUUAUACCUCGGCCGGAUGGGGGAGUGAAGUACCUCGUUCCCUCGACGUUGGGUAUCGGACUGGUGGAUGGAUACAACGAGAUCGGCUUCGAGAAGAGUCUGAGCAAGCCACAACUCCGACGAGAUACUGAGCGCAAUCUAGUGCAAGUGUGUCAAGGACAGAAGUCCAAGACCGACAUGCUUUCCGAGAGUAUAGAACAGUACAAGGAGAUGUAUAUCCUGGCCAAAAGAGACUUCCCUAAGAUCAUGGCCGUGAGUGUUUUCUCAUGUCAUCACAGACGCGGGUUGACCAUUUUUUCAUGCCCUUCUUCGGUACAUGAUAUUGCAGGCCGUUCGGAGGCGGCUUGA